AUGGCGGCAUCCAAGCCUGUCCUGGACGGCGUAUUUGGCGUGAACAAGCCCAUGGGCAUGAGUUCUGCCCAGGUCAUUCGCGACUGCCAACAGCAGUUCAACCCAUCCUCAUUCUUCAAGCCAAUGAUAGACGAGCAGAAAGCAAACAGAGGACAGGAAUCAAACAACAAGCGCAAGCGACGUGGCUAUGGCAAGAACGAUAUUCGCGUCAAGAUGGGCCAUGGUGGCACCUUGGACCCCUUGGCAACCGGCGUCCUCAUCCUCGGGGUAGGCAAUGGCACCAAAUCCUUGCAGUCAUUCUUAGACUGCACCAAGACGUACGAGACCGUCGUUCUGUUCGGCGCCAGUACCGACACAUACGACAGAGUCGGAAAGGUCUUGAAGAAGACAGCAUACGACCACAUUACCAAGAAGAUGGUUGACGAGGCAAUGAACAGCUUCCGUGGGAAGAUCGAUCAGAUGCCACCACUCUACUCAGCCCUCAAGAUGGAAGGCAAGCCGCUGUACGAAUACGCCCGCGAGGGCAAGCCCAUCCCACGUGAGAUUGCUACAAGACCCGUCGAGGUCGUCGAGCUGGACAUGGUCGAGUGGUACGAACCGGGCACACACGACUACCGCUGGCCCGCCGAAGAAGCCACACAAUUCGAGACAAACUUUGCCGAGCAGGUCUGGAAAAUCCAGAAGGACCAGACCACCAGGGAGAAGCGCACCCCAGAGGAGGAGCAAGAGGAGAAGGAGGCACUAGAGCGCUUUGACAAGGUCAAAGAGAAAGCCGAGCAGAGGGUGGACGAUCUGGUCUACGACCAGAACAACAAGCGCCACAAGAAGGAUAAGAGCCCCCCGAUGAUGAUGUCUGGUGCGCUGGGAGAGAAACCCGAAAAGAAGGUUGGUGGCAAGGGCUCCAACCUCAUUCCGCCGCCCCAUGAUCCCAACACCCCGCCGCCGUGGGACGACAAGGGUCCGCCUGCCGCCCGCAUUCGUAUGACUGUGACUUCCGGCUUCUACGUGCGAAGCUUCUGUCACGAUCUGGGCAUCAAGGUUGGGUCGAGCGCAAACAUGGCUGCACUGUCCAGAAGCCGGCAAGGUGAUUUCCUGCUGGGCACCGAGAACUGCAUCGAGUACGACGACAUCAUCAAGGGCGAGGAUGUCUGGGCGCCCCAGGUUGAGGCUGCUCUACUACAGUGGAAAAACAAGUCAAAGCCGGGUGCGGCGCAGGCUCCUACGAGGGCCCAACCAGUAGAAUCCCCGAAGCAAAAGUCCAUCGAAAGUCCUCCCUACAAGCGCAAGGCAUCCGAAGAGCUCGUUGCAGAAGAGGCUGCGCCGAAACGAAAGAAGUCCAAGUCUGCUUCUCCCCAGCCAGCCCCGAAGAAGAGCAAGGCCGAGGAAGAGGAGGAAUGGCAGGGUGUCAGCGAUGUUCCAGUCUCCCAGAAACAGGAAGUUGCACAGGCCUAA